GUCCACAGUGGGACCCUGGACGUCUUCUUCCAACAGCUCAGCCGUUAUCUGUUGGGGAGCAACGACUUAAGCCUUACCAACAUCAUCGAUAACUUUUUCGUGACCCUUUUCCCCUUAGUCUUUGACUAUGUGCUCAGCGAUCCAUCGAAACCUAAAAUAGCUAACGACGACUUUCAUAACUGUCUGACAGAAAACUACAGAAGUAUCCAACCAUUUGGUAACGCUCCCAAGCAUCUGGGAACGAAAAUCCAGUACGCUUUUAGAAGAGCCCGGAUUUUCACAGAGACUUUGCAAGUGAUGAUCAGUACAAUAGACUCCACUGAUAACAUCGCCGUAGACAACGAAUGCAGAAAAGCCAUUACUCGUCUGCAGUUUUGUUCUUUGUGCAGUGGAGAGGUGGAGACGAAGCCCUGUCGAGGGUUCUGUUUGAAUGUUAUGAGGGGUUGCUUGGCAGGUGUUUCUGAAAUAUCAUCUUCCUGGGACGAGCUAGUGGUGGCCUUUGAAAAUCUUCACCUGGGGAUGUUCAAGCAGAACAACGCACAAGAGUUGUUGUCUUACUUAGAUGGCAACAUCACGGAUGCCUUACUACAGGCCAUGGAUGAUGGGCCUAUAAUCUAUUCACGAAGAAUAGCCGAUGGGCUGUGCCGGAAAUCAGUCAUCUACGACCAAGAGAUGCAGAGUGACAAAUGCUGGAACGGAUCCGCUGUUGGCCG